UCUCGUGGAGGCUGGGGAGCCCCAAUAUUUAUUUUUCCGUUGCUACGCUAAUCUCUCUCUCCUCUCUGUUGUUUUUACGAAACUUUCACUUCCCUCCGAGAGAAAAUGAGCAAGGGGCCUGGACUUUUCUCUGAUAUCGGCAAGAAAGCCAGAGAUCUUCUGACUAAGGACUAUAUCUCCGAUCAGAAAGUAUCUAUUUCAACCUAUAGUGACACUGGAGUGGCCCUUACAUCAACUGCAGUAAAGAAGGGAGGGCUUUCAACUGGUGAUGUUGGAGCACAAUACAAAUAUAAGAACACUUUGAUUGAUGUCAAAGUUGAUACAGGGUCAAACAUCUCAACUACUCUUACUCUAAAUGACAUUGCGCUCUCAACGAAAACCAUUGCCUCUCUGAAAUUCCCUGACUACAAUUCUGGGAAGCUAGAGGUUCAGUACUAUCACCAUCAUGCCGCCUUUAGUACAGCUAUUGGUCUGAAACAAAGCCCUAUAGUUGAUCUCUCUGUCACGCUUGGUACUCCCACUUUCGCCCUAGGUGCAGAGGCAAGUUAUGAGACAGCCGAAGGUAAACUUGCAAAAUAUACUGCUGGCAUCAGUGUGACAAAACCAGAUUCCUGUGCUGCUAUAAUAUUGGGCGACAAAGGGGACACAAUAAAGGCAUCAUAUAUACAUCAUCUAGAUGAAAUGAAGAAGAGUGCAGCUGUGGGCGAGAUCAGUAGACGAUUCUCGACCAAUGAGAACACCUUCACAGUUGGAGGGUCAUAUGCUGUUGAUAACCUGACAAUUGUGAAGCUCAAGCUCAAUAAUCAUGGGAACCUGGGGGCUCUAUUGCAGCAUGAGCUGAUUCCGAAGUCAUUGUUGACUAUUUCUAGCGAGUUUGACACCAAAGCCUUGGAAAAGACUCCCAAAUUUGGUGUGGCCCUUGCUCUUAAGCCUUGAACUGCAUUUUUUGUUGUGAACAACUAACAUUUUUUGGGGGUAGUGCCUGGAGGAGAGGUGUUCAAUAAGUAGUUCAACAAACUUGUGGUUUUUCCCACAAAUUAGAUGGUUUCUGUAUGAGUUGCUCUGAUUCUAGGGCCUGUUUAUGGUAUUUCUCUAGUUUUCCCCGUCUUCUCCACUUUUCCCUUCGGAGAAAGAUUAACGAGUUUGAUUUGUUCCCUCUAGAAGAGCUUUUUCGUUUGGUAUGGUGCAAUAGCUAACUUCACCAAUUGCGUUAAUUUCAGUUUUAACUUCUAA